ACCCAGUCACAGAGACGGGCCUUUUCCCUUUGCGUAACCCUAACCUCAACUCUCAGUUUUCUCAAGCGGCAAGCCUCUGUAGAACGACCGGUGAGCGGCGACCUUGGAGCGGCGACGGCGAGAGGCAAGGCAGCGGCGGAGUCGAGAGGCGAGACCUUGGAGCGGACUGAGAGAAGCCCUGUAUUCGAAAAUCAAUGGAGGGACUGAGAGAAGCUCAAGCGAACUUAGUUGUGUAUUUACAUCCUUCAAAGGCGAAUUGCGUGAAAGAAGCUAUACUCCGCGAGCUUAGCUCUUUGCUCUUCGCUUACAAUGAGACUUUUGAAGGAGUUGUGUUAGCAUAUGACCCGAGAACUAGCAGUACGUUGGCGAAAAUUCUGCCUGGGAUUCAACCAUACUUUGGCGUGAGAUUGAAAACUAGGUUGUUACUCUUUAAUCCGAAGCCCGAAAUGAUUUUAGAGGGAGAGGUUGUUAAAAUUACGCCACAGUCGGUUCAUGCUGUGGUUCUGGGGUUUUCAUCCGCAUGUAUUGCGUAUGAAGAUAUUCGUGAUGAUCUCAAGCAUAAAGUUAGAGGUGGAGAGGAAGUAUAUGUUAGCCGAUCGAGUAAGAAACAUAAGAUAAAAGUGGGGACCACACUACGAUUUGCUGUGAAGAGCUUUGAUGAAGAGAUACUUCAUAUAUCAGGAUCCUUAGCUGCUGACAAUACUGGAUGUGCUCGAUGGUUGGAUAAAAAUGUGGAUAAAUGGUCUCAAGCUGAUAGUACCGCUAAGAAGAGGAAAAGUGGAGAGCAAGAAGAUGAAAAGCCUGAGAAUGAGAGAUUCACUGUGAAGGAGAAAACAUCUUCAAUAAAAAACGAUGAACAAAAUAAGAAAACAAAGAAAAGGAGAGAAGAGCGCAGUUGAAAAAAGUGUGCAAUCCUGCACUUUGAAGAUGAAAAUUGCAUAGGUUUUUCCAUAUCCAAACAAGAGUGCAGAGACAUCAGCUUUCUUGAGCUUGUACGUUCUUGUUAGACGAGGAUUUUCUUCAACUGUUGCACUCUAUUGUCUGCUUAAAGUCACGCAGGUCGUGUGAUGUAUUAGUUUCCAGGGAAAACCAAACGAUUUGACAUAUAUUUGAUCCAAGUAUUGGUAAGACAUGUCAAAGAUGACAGAGGUACCAGAUUAUUUCUUACUAUUUACCAUUUUUGUUCCAAGUGCUAUAGUAUACUCAGAUUAAAGGGCGCUCGAGUUAAUUGUUUUUGCAUUUUUGCAGUCAGGUUUGUUGUAAUUAAGCCACCAAGUGAUGAUUCCUUUUCCAAUUGCAACAACUAUUGUGCUGUGUCCAUUGAUUUAAUUUUCUUGGAAUUGUGGUUUAUUAUUCAUCUUGCAGUAGUAUUUGCUCGAAUGCAUGUCAAUGUUCAGAAGGUAACUUCGAAUAUGAUACAACUAUUUGUCACUCGUCAGAGUAAUGGUUUUUGAAUAGGUAGAUUUUGCCCUACAAAUGUUUGUGCAGUGCAGAUAUCGACCUGCACAGACUUGUAUGAUUGAAUCGAUUAUCGACCUUUGAAUAGUUAAAAAGUGGUAGAAUUUUUCAUGCAUGUGCCUAAAAGUGGGGGUGAUUGAAUAUGAUGAAUGGCUUGUCCGAGACAUUGAAUGUGGAAUAUUAUAAUUAGUUUGUGUUAGACAGUUGGCCAG